AGCCUGCGUUGUGGGGUGUCCCCCCUCAGCUGAGGGCAGCGGCUGCGGCCUUCGGUCCGCUUUUCAAUAAGGCCUGGUGAUGGUGGUCCUGAACGAGUGAUGUACGCCGCCCCGCAGGAGCAGGGGAGCUCUCUGCCUCAGCUGUGUUGGAGGGGAUGGCGGGAUCUGUAGCUGCACUUACUUCAGACCUGAUUUUUCCAGUUCUUUCAUGCUGGGUGUUGGCAAUUCUGCACUUAUACACUUUUUGAGUAAAGCUUUCCAAUGGAGAUAAAAGCAGUUGCCAGAAGAUAUGAAACAAGAAAUAAGAUGGCAGAAACAGAACUGUCAUCAUCCAAAUCCCGAGUUGAUUGGCGACGCACUAAAAGGGAGCUCAUACUACUUGACAGCGAUGACGAAUCCUUAGGUACCUCAGAGAAAGAAGAGCCUACCACAUCAGAAGAUGAAGUAGAUGAAAAAGAUGAAGCUGUUGUGAAGAACAGCCCUUCAGAUCAUGAAGAGAAAAAUCAUGUUGGGGAAGUCACAGAAGAUGGUGAGGAUGAGUGCAUUGUGCCUGGGAAGCGUAAAAGGUUGAACACCUCUGUUUUGUCUGACAGUGAUGAAAGUGAGGACAGUGAUAUUCUUGUUAGAAAAGUUUUUGCUAGACGCCACUGUAUAAUGGAUGAAGAAGAAGAAGAGCAGCCUGAUAAAACCUGCCCUACAGAAAAUGUUUCUACUAAUAGGAAACAGAAAGUGUUUGCAAAAUUGAAAGAACUUGCAAGACAAAGAGCAACUUGCAACAGUGAAAGUUAUGAGGAUUCUAAUAGUGAAGGAGAAAUAGAAGAGGAACCACUCUGUCACUUGCCCUGCACACCAACAGAAAGUAGUGAAGCUGACAGUGACAGCCUGAAAGACUUUAUAGUAGAAGAAGAUGAUGAUGACAACACAGAGCACAUAAUGAGAGAAAACCAGCCACAGCAGAAGGAACUAAAUCCAUCAAAUAGCGAGUUGCUGGCAUACUAUGUCCCACACUUAACUCGCUGUGAUCAUUUUGUACACUUCAAAAGAAUAGUAAAGGCUUUCCUCAUAAAUGCAAUUGAUGACACUUUUCUGAGCUCAUUAUAUGAUGGAACAAGACAAAAGAAAUACGCGCAAGAUAUGUUGCUCUCACUUCAUUAUUUGGAUGACCGCUUCAUUCAACCUCGUCUUGAGAACUUAAUCUCUAGAAGUCGCUGGAAAGACCGAUACAAGGAGCGUGUGGAUUGUUACCCAGAAGUUCGCAUAAUCUUGAAAAAUCCAGAAAAUAUGGCUUGUCAGGCCUGUGAAUUGAGUCGGUAUUGUAAGUUCAACGUGCUGCUUUCUGGAAAGCUUUAUAAUAGUAGAACUUUGGAAGCGGAUGAUUUCAUGUCAGAUGACAAGCAGGUUUUGAAGGUUGGCGUGGUAUGUGCAGAUCGUACAAGAGUUUAUCAUAAUUUGAAGCACUUCAAAUACAAAUUGUAUAUGGAUUGCAGCUCCAUUACCGAGUUGGAUGGUGUUAAGGAUGAACCAGUCAAAGACACAGUUGCACGGCUUUUCAGCCAGUUGGAAGACAGUGGGUGGAUCCAGAAGAGAUAUAAUGUUCUUGAAGACUACAUGAAUAAUGCAGACAGUUUCCAAGAAGAGAAAAUGGAUUAAGUGGUUAUAUAGCUCUUUGAAAGACAUCUUGUAAAAAUCUGAAUGGCCUGCUUUAUCUGCAUGCAUUUUAUCUCUGCUUGGUCUUCGAGAUUCUUUCUGGGCUGUGUUAUACUUAAAUCCAUAUGCCUUUAAACUACUGUUUGAGAACGUGCUGUAUUUUUUUUUUCUGAUCUGUGUCAAUAAUAACCCAAAGUUUUACCAAAUCAGUCCUUCCAGUCUUACUGCAUGUCACUUUAAGUUCCCUUCUGUUCUUAAAAAGAACAUCUCAAUAUCUAUUUACUUGUGAAAUAAAACUUCCACAUAUUUAUAUUGAGCUGUAUCAUAGGACAGGUAGGAGAUGCCGAGACCUUUUGAAGUAGGUAUAUUUGGAAAGAUGAGGCUAUGUUAUACAAGAACAUAUGACCUGCAUCGCAUCUGCCUUGUUGCUCGUUAUAUGCAAGUAAGUUCAACCAUUUAGAAUGAUAAUUACAAUAAACAGGACCCAAUGCAAAGAUCUUUUUCCCCUCUGAGGAAUCUGUAUAGACUCUUGCAAGGCAACAGGAAAUAUUCUGCAGUCUUGACUAAGUUUGCAGCACAGUAGUCAUUCCUCUCUUUAGAGAGUAGGUGAUGAGUCACAUUAUAGGCAUCAUACAGACUGAGUCGGGCUUCGCCAUCUAAAUGAACAGUUGGACCCACAGUACUGUCUCUGAUAAGCAGCUGGAACAAUUUACUGCGAUUUUAAACAUCAAAUUACAUUGUGCAAACAUAAUGGCCACAACUUGCAGUAACUACAAAAUGAAGAGAAUGGAUUAAUAUGUCCAUGCAAGAUAAGCAAGAAUUCUUCCAGUAUAACUUAACAAAAAGUAUCUGAAUUGCAUGAAGCCCAUAUCGGAGUUUUGGGGGGCCUGGGGAAUAGAUUUUAGAGGAGUUAGGAAGGGUUAAGUAUUAUGUUGUCCAUUCUGAAAAACUGGACAUGAGCUGGCACUGUGUGCUCGCAGCCCAGAAAGCCAGUUGUACCCCAGGCUGCAUAAAAAGAAGCGUGGCCAGCAGGUCCAGGGAGGUGAUUCUCCUGUUCCACUCCACACUCAUGAGACCCCACCUGGAGUGCUGCAUCGAGCUCUGGGGUCCUCAGCCCGGGAAGGACAUGGCCCUGAUGGAGCAGGUCCAGAGGAGGGUCAAGAAAAUGGCCAGAGGGCUUGAACACCUCUCCCAUGAAGAAAGGCUGAGAGACUUCCAGGGGUUGUUCAGCCUGGAGAAGAGAAAGCUUCAGGGAGCCUUUCAAUCUGUAAAGGGUGCUUAUAAGAAAGAUGGAGAGAGACAUUUUUACCAAGGCCUGUAGUAACAAGAUGAGGGGCAACAGUUUUAAACUGGAAGACGGUAAGUAUAGAUAGACAUAAGAAAUUUCUUAUGAUGAAGGUGUUCAGACAGUGAAACAGGUUGCCUAGAGAAGCUGUGGCAGCCCCCUCCCUGGAAAUGUUGGAUGGGGCUUUCAGCAACCUGCUCUAGUGGAAGGUGUCCCUGCCCAUGGUGAUCUUUAAAGGUCCCUUCCAACUCAAACGAUUUUAUGAUUCUCUCCCUGUACUUUGUGCUGCAUAUAAAAUCAAUUAGAUGUAGCCUAAGGUAAGAUACAGGGUGCACAGUUUUGAAUCCCAUUAGGAACUAUUCCUGCAUCCUGCUGCAUGCAGAUACUCUUAUUAGUCUUUUGUGGCCGAGCAACUUUUAAAAGUUUAAAAUUUUAAACUUUUAAAAUUAGUCUUUUGUGGCUGAGCAAGCUUAAAAUAGUGAAAGCAAAGACUCUUUUUACAAGUUGCUCUCAGAAGCAAAACUAAUGAAACCUAAUUUCUCUUGGAUUUGUCCAUAAGAAAUCCCCACGUUCAUUAUGCCACUCUCCUGGUAACAGACACGCUGAUUGACUAGGCAGCUGCUGCCAGGUGUAUUGCUUAAAGGUGAACAUCUGUUGGCUUUUUGCUAUAGGAACUGUACCUUAGAUUUAUCAUUCAGUACCCUUUUUCCUGCAUUCACUGGAAGAAAUUAACUGCUCGUAUUCUAAGGGGUUGAAAUUCUGCAAUGGUUUAUAUACUAUUAGAGUGAGCUAAUACCAUCAUUUCUCCCUUGUACCACAUACAGAUAGAAGAUUUACAGACCAAGAUGAAAAAUCCCAGUAAACAGAUUGAGACUUAUUCUCAAGUAAACUUACUUUGAACAUAUUAUUUCCAUACCUUAACUAUGAGUUAGAUAUGUAAAUAUUCUGAGAAUUGAUAUAUUUUAUACCUAUCUCCCUGGUUACCAAAACUGAAGGAAAUCUCUAUUAUUUUUCCUUGUUCAUCCCUGUUCUUCUGGGAGUAGUGAUGAGAACAUACCCAUCAACUUAAAAGUACUCAGGAAUGUGUCUCAAAUAUAUCCCUGUUAGGAAAAGUAAUGCCCCUUGAUGCCCCACAUCUUUCUGUUAACAAAAUCUCUCUGUACUUUUGUUGGCUUCUCUAGAAUAGUAACAUUUAUGCUUGGUAUAAUUUUAUUCUUACAAAGGAAAAGUGUUCUGAAAUAAAUGAGUUUUAUGCCACGUAAUGGAG